CACAUCUGCCAGGAGAUGGCAGCCUCCACCACAUGCUGAAAUAAAUAAAGAAACAUGACAUGUAGGUAUAGAUUGCAACCAGGGGGAAACUGGAAAUCCCCGGAUUGGGCAGUAAACAAGAAGCAUGAGAGUCGGAGAGGGACAGAUGACACAGUGGAUCCAGCAGGCAGGGACACGACGCUGAUCAGGGCGUUCAUGUUCGGAUACAAACUGUGAGACAUCAUCCAGCGCUUGCUGUGAACAAAGAAGGAGGGCUGCACUGCAUGUAAACGAAAAGAGGAAAGCACUAUUUACCAUACAGAGGACUAUGGAAGGUCUGGAUAUCUGAGAGCAUCAUCCUCCAUUGCCCAGCCUUGAUAGACAAUGGUGGACAUUUAUUUUCUUGACCACCCAGGAGAGGGGAUAGAGGAUUAGAUCACAUGCUCCGUCACAAGUGAUAACAGACCACACCUGCUGAAACUUUGUUCUUGAGGCUCGAUACGCCCUUUCUAGGAGCUUAGAGUAACACACACUUUCACUUUCCUAUCUCUACCAAAGGAAGCACACUCAAAAAGUCAAAAACAAUAAAUGUUUAACCAGUGAGGGCCUAAAGCAAGAGACUCAGACACGGCCCACUGGAGGCCUUUCGAAAAAGCUUUCACUUGGAGGAUAACAUCGCUGCAGUGACGGAGGUGAUGGGUAACAAGAACGCUCUCCCGCCAAAAGGUCCGGACACUGGGACAACGCUAAAAGAGGAAGGGGUGAGCCUCAACAGUGCCACAGGAAGUGUCUCCAGAGAUGAACUGCCGGGCCUCAGCCUAGAGCUGCUGGCCUCCCUGCAGUCCCUCAGAGAAAACAGUGACUACACACUGCUGCCACACUCCCUGCACCAGAUUGCAGAGGCGUUUUCACUCAAAGAGGACUACCAGUGGGCCAUCCAGUUCCUUCAGCUGGAGAAGCUCUACCAUGAACGUCUGCUCUCCAACCUUGCCGCCCUGCAGGAGAACUGGGAGAGCCAGUGGAAAGAGAAGAAACGCGAUGAAAGCUGUUUGCCCGAUGAGACGGACGGCAUCGGUCAGAAACACAUCGAGACCCUGAGCCAGAUCUGCAGGACACAUCAUCGACCAUCCACCUGUGUGGAAGAGAACACGCUGAAUGCAACACUGAAAGACAUUCAAAGCCAGAACGAGACGCUACAACCCUGCCAUGAUAAAGUCUUCGAGCCGGAAACAACACACCAGGAUGAAGAAAAAGAGCUUAGCAUGAACUCAGAGACAGAGCUUUCCUCACCACAGACAGAACAUCAAGAGGAAGAGGAGGAGGAGGAAGAGGAAAGAGAAGAAGAAGAAACAUAUGAGGAGGGACAGGAAGUAGAAGAGCAAGAGGAGCCUUGUGAGGAGACACCAGAGGAGGAGGUGAAGGUGGAGUGGCCAUCAGGAGUCCCCCAGGCUUCAGACAAGGACCUGGCCAAGCUGUCUGACACAGAGGGGAGUUCCUCUCCAGAUGGUCUAGUGUCCAUCCUGAAGAGGAGGAGAGCAUCACUGGAUGGGUUACCUCCCGAAAGCGAAAUAGCUACUAAACAGAACACCAAACGCAAGGUCCGCUUCAGUGAGCCAGAGGACGGCAUUGAGCAAGAUGAGGUAGGCGGAGAUUCCUGCCUGAUCCUUCUGCUGCUGUGUCUGGUCACCGUGGUGAUCAGCAUAGGCGGGACCGCCCUCUACUGCACGCUGGUGGACACUUACUCCAACAUUUGCACCGACUUCACUCACAACGUGGACUUCUACAUCAUGAACAUGCGGAGGUUCUUCGAAGGGCUCGGACGCUGGCUGCCCCUCCGGACUUAGACCUUUGUAAACAACUGCUGUUUCAGACAUGUGCACUGUAAAAGACAGUGUGAAAAAGAAAGCAAGAGUUCCUGAAAGCAACUGUAAUCCUCAAUGUGGGAUCUACAAACAUUGAUCUGACGCUGCCAUCCAGAGUGUUUAAAGUUUAAACUCCUACAGUGACUGGAGCUUGGGUCUCUUGGCUCCCAAGACUUAUGAAUUUGAGCUAUCAGCCUAAGAUUUAUGUAUAACGAAUGGGUGCUCAAAGCAACUAAACAGUAAAACUGGUGUGCAUGUUGUCGGAGAGUUCAAAAACUCCUACUUACUGCUGUUUGUGUGGACAUUUGAUCCUAAACUGAACCAUACACAGGGGAUCACAACACUUCGCAACAAUGUUUAUAUUUUAACAGAAGAAGUUGUUUAUGUGUGUUCAAAUGUUUCCCUUACAUUUUGUAGCUGAUGUAGCUUUGUCUUUUGUUCCAGAGGAUUUCUUGUUCUGGUUGUUAUGUUUUGACCUACACAGAGAAAGCUAUGUUUGGAAUAAUUAGGAUUGUAUGUGUGUUGUUUUUUGAAAGAUUAAUGGGCAAAAAUAUGAUUUUUAAACUCAUGUUACUAUUAUAUUUUCCUCUGUUGACUCAUCCCUGUAAUUGAACAUAUUGUAGGGCUGUACUGUACACCUUAUCAGACGACAAAGAUUUAUUUUAUUUUGCAAAACCCUGAUUUGACGUGGCCCUUUAUGAAAAGGAUAACAGCGAGUCAAUUCUACUAUCUUAUAACAAAAUACAUUUCAGUGUAGUUAUCAUGAUAAUCAUUAUGUGAUACAGUCAUUUAACUCUACAAAUGUUAUACUUUUGGUGCCCAAUGUUUCACGCUUUAGUGUAUAUCCCUAAUUCUGGUCUAAAUGUGGAUUCAUGAUUAUAUCUAGUCUCCUCCUGCAGUUGGCAAAAAGGCUGCAUCAGCGGACAGAAGAUACAUUUGGAUUGUGUAUGAGACAACAGAUCACAGUCAAAAACAAGCAAACAUUAAUUUAAUUCAAGUUUAUAACACUAUUUCUUCCUAAAAUGUUUAUAUGUCCUCAUUAUCUGCCUUGGGAAAGGAGCUACAAAGAUUGAUCUAUUAUUUGUCAUCUAUUAAAUGAACAGCCAACCAUUUUUAAAAGUCUAUUAAAAUGUUGAUAUGUUGAACAUA